AUGUUAGUAUUGAAAAACAUGUUCCUUGACAAAAUAAAACCAACUACAGAAAUAAACGACGCAAGACUGAAAGAUUGGGUAAAAGCUUUCCCAUUCACAAAAGAUAUUGUUGGUAACAUGGAAAGAAAACCAGAAUGGCUACAAAAACAUAUAUUUGGAAACGAGCAUAUUCCAUAUGGACAGGCACUGUUUGAAGAGCUUGAACCAGAAACUCAGGAAAGAGUCAUGCAAACAAUACGCGAAGACUCAAAUACAGACUAUGACAAAAUCUUUCUAGGAUAUAGGUUACCUGAGAUGGGCGACCAGAGCCAAAAGGCAAAAAGGACAUGGGAAAUUUGCAACAUACUAGAUGAACAUAAUGCAAAGAUGCAACAACUUCAAGCAGAGGGCAAGUUACCAAAAGCGACACCAAAGAAGAAGAGAAGAGUAGAACAAAGUGAAAGUAGUGAAGAAGUAACUUCAUCUAGUGAAAGUAGUGGCAAUGAAGGAAAAAGAAGAGUUAAAAACUCAGUCAGGAAGAAAGUAAAGCUUGGUCGGAGUGGGUUCUAUUAUGACAUAUAA